AUGGCCCCGAUCUUGUUGUUCGAUGUUGAUGGUACUUUAACCAAAUCUAGACAAGCAAGUUUUUUUUUGUAUUUUAGAUACGGCUAUUGUUUUCUUAUUGUAUUUUUUGAACUUCUGAACUAAAUAGAAGAUGUUUUUGAAAAAGGUGUAGUGUUUUAUAGUAAAAGAUACUGUAUGUUUAGAACAUCACACCAGACAUGAAGAACUUCAUGGUAGGCUUGAGUAAGACCGUUGAUAUUGGCGUUGUUGGAGGAUCAGAUAUGAAGAAGGUUGUUGAACAACUUGGAAACGACCUGGACCAGUUAAAGGAGCAGUUCACAUACAUCUUCACCGAAAAUGGAUUAGUAGGGUUCCAUAAAGAUGAAGCUAUUCCAUCAAUGGUAAUAUUUUUGAUUUUUCUUAUUCCAAUUUAUUUAUUAUAUGAACUUGUUUUAGUCGAUAAAAGACACUCUGGGAGAAGAAAAACUGCAAGAAAUCAUCAACUUUUCGCUCGAAUACAUAGCCAAGCUCAAGAUUCCCGUGAAACGCGGUACUUUCAUCGAAUAUCGAAAAGUAAGUUUCAUUUUUAUAUUGUUUUGAUGUUUAGGGUAUGAUUAACAUCUCGCCAAUUGGGAGAAACUGUAGCCAAGAAGAACGAGAUGACUUCUUCGAAUACGACAAGGAACAUGGCAUUCGAUCAGCUUUUGUCGAAGCCUUGAAAGAACAAUUUAAAGGCGACGGUUUGACCUUUUCGAUUGGUGGCCAAAUCAGUAUCGAUGUGUUUCCUAACGGGUGGGACAAGACCUUUUGUUUACAGUAUUUGGAGAAGGAUUACAAUGAGAUUCACUUCUUCGGAGACAGAACUAGCCCAGUAAGUGCUCAUUUUAAUUUUUUAAUUCAGGUUUUCACUGUAAAACUUUGCAUUAAUUCGAUUGAAUAGCUAUAUUAAUUAGAAUGUUUGGGUGGUCAUUUUUUUAAUAUUCAAAAGUUUAUAUUUUUCAAAUUUGCUAAAUAUUCAGUUAAACAAAAUCAGUACAUAUAAAAAAAAUUUAAGGGCGGAAAUGAUUAUGAAAUAUUCGAAGACAGUCGGACGAUUGGGCAUACUGUAACUAGUCCCGAAGAUACGAAGGAGAAAGUUACCCGAUUAUUGGAAGAGAUGAACAAGAUUAAGAACUGA